GUAGUGGAGCCUGGACCCCCAACUCGAGCCCCAGCACUGGACAAGCGCUCAAGGACCCUCACUCUCUAGGACAAGAACUGGCCCAGGUGCCCCAGCCCAUCUGACUUUCUCUUGACUUCUCUUCUCUGGAUGCAGCAAGUAAACUGAACAUCGGCUCUCCAUUCCAGGAGCAACAGAGACCAUCCCAGAAGACCCCGAGGGUCCGUAUCCACACUCUGCCAUGUCUCUGUGUCUGUCUUUCCGAGGCAGAUGGAAGAUGGGGCAGAAGAACUCACUGGGGGGCUCCUCGCAGCUCCCCAAGCAGGACUACAAGGCCCUGAGGGAAAGGUGCCUGAUGGAAGGCCGCCUCUUUGAAGAUGACAGCUUCCCGGCCAGCCUGUGCUCUGUGGGCAGCGGGCCCCUAUUGCGGAAGCUGCCGCCCGGCCUGCAGUGGAGGAGGCCUCCGGAGCUGCACAGCAAUCCCCAGUUCUAUUCUGCUGACACCAAAAGGCUGGACCUGUGCCAGGGAGUGGUAGGUGACUGCUGGUUCUUGGCUGCUUUGCAAGCUCUGACUUUGCAUCAGGACAUCCUGAGCCGUGUCGUUCCCCUGAAUCAGAAUUUCACUGAGAACUAUGCCGGCAUUUUCCAGUUCUGGUUCUGGCACUUUGGGAAGUGGGUUCCUGUGGUGAUAGAUGACCGACUUCCUGUGAAUACAGCUGGCCAGCUGGUCUUUGUCUCUUCCACUUACAAAAACGUGUUCUGGGGAGCUCUUCUGGAAAAGGCCUAUGCUAAGCUGUCUGGCUCCUAUGAAGACUUGCAGCGUGGACAGGUGUCUGAAGCACUUGUGGACUUCACUGGAGGGGUGACAAUGACCAUCAAGCCGGCAGAGGCCCCUGGCAACCUCUGGGACAUCCUUACCUGGGCCACCUACAGCAGAACCCUCAUUGGCUGCCAGACACACUCAGGGAAAGAGAGGGUGCUGGAGAACGGGCUGGUGGGCGGCCAUGCCUAUACCCUCACAGGAAUCAGAAAGGUGACCUGCAGACACGGACCAGAAUAUCUAGUCAAGCUGCGGAACCCCUGGGGCAAAGUGGAAUGGAAAGGGGACUGGAGUGACAGCUCGGGUAUGUGGGAGCUACUGAGCCCCAAGGAGAAGAUUCUGCUCCUGAGGAAAAGCAAUGACGGAGAAUUCUGGAUGACACUGAAGGACUUUAAAACACAUUUCAUGCUUCUGGUCAUCUGCAAACUGACUCCGGGCCUGCUGAGUCAGGAUGUAGGCCAGAAGUGGACAUACACCAUGCGGGAAGGAAGAUGGGAAAAGGGGAUCACGGCCGGUGGCCCGAUGAAGUCACCCCGAGACACAUUCUGGAAGAACCCGCAGUUCCUGCUGUCUGUCUGGAGCCUUCAGGAGGGCAGGAGGUUCCCUAUGCCCUGCAGCGUGCUGGUGUCCCUGCUGCAGAGGCCCAGGCACAGGCACCGCAACUGGAAGCCUCACCUGGCCAUUGGCUUCUACCUCUUUAGGUUGAGCAAGCACUAUGGUGACCAGAGGAGACUGCCCUCUGAGUUUUUCUGGAAAAAUGCCCCCAUAAGAUGGCCUGAAGCAUUUCUCACAGAGAAAGAAGUGAGUCAGGAACUGCAACUGGAGCCAGGGACAUACCUCGUUGUGCCCUGCACAUCCAAGGCUGGCCAGGAAGCAGAGUUUGUCCUGAGAGUAUUCUCCAGGAAGCACAUCUUUCAUGAAAUUGGAUGCAAUUCCAGUGCUGUCUUCUCUAAGGAAAUAGUAGACAAAAAUGAAGGGCAGGAUGAAUUCUUCACUAAACUCUUUGAAAAGUGUCCAGAAAUAAACGCAGUGCAGCUGCAGAAGGUCCUGAACCACAUGACCUGGUCAAGUCUGGGGAGUGCCCAGCCUUUCUUCAGCCUGGACGCCUGCCAGGGGAUCCUGGCCCUACUGGAUCUAAAUGCGUCGGGUACCGUGAGCAUCCAGGAGUUCAGGGACCUGUGGAAGCAGCUGAUGCUGUGUCAGGAGGUUUUCCACAAGCACGACAGCAGUCACUCAGGAUACCUGAACAGGACCCAGCUGCAGGCUGCCAUGAGGGAUGCAGGAAUCAUGCUCAGCAAUGACGUCUGCCAGCUGAUGCUUAUCCGCUAUGGCGGCCCCAACCUCCAGAUGGACUUCGGCAGCUUCGUCCACUUGAUGCUGCGUGCAGAGUACAUGGAGGAUGCCUUUCAGAACUUAACCCAAGAUGGCAAAGGGAUCUACCUCCAGAAGCCAGAGUGGCUGAUGAUGACUCUGUACUCCUGAGAAGGCUGGAGCCCUGUCUGCCUUCACUGAGAACUCUGCAUGUGGCUCAAAGGUAGCCUUUGACUGAAACCAAUCCACAUUCAGCCCAUUUACUGUUCUUCAGGACCGUGUCUCCAGUCAUCGCCUUCUCAGCUGGGAAGAUUUCUUUUCUGCAGACCUUCCCCUUGGAUAGGCAGUGUGCAAAAAGGGAAAGGAGUUAGCAAAGAUUGCCUUGGACUUGUAAAGACCAAUUGUCAUUCUCCAGCCACAACCUUGUCACAGCAGGGAUGUCAGCUGACGUGGUCUAAGAAAUCUGACUCCAGAGUUGGUAUGUCAACCUUUAACAAUACUGCCUCCAUGGCUGUCCAAUUUAUUAUUUUUUUAACUUUGAAAAAAUAAAGAUUUAUUACUUAUAAGACCUGGAAAUUACAUAGCACCCCUAGGGCUGCACAGUGAGGUUGUUGUGAGGGGAAGAGAGAGAGAAAGGGAGAGAAUGCCUGGGGUUCUCCUUUUAUUGGGGUUGUGGGCAGGGUUUCAUGGGUUCAUUCUCUGUUGGUGAAUUUUAACACAAGAGUGGGAAUUUAAAGUGGGAAGAGGGGGGAAAAACAGAAACAAGAGGUUCAAAUGGUCAGUUAUAGAAAUGAACCAAGAUCUCUCUAUCUAGUCCUAUGGCUGGUAAAGUGUUUAUUUAAGAUGCCUGGUCAACCAAAGCCUAAGUCAGAUCCUUGCAUUACAAGAGAGAAAAUAACAACAGCUCUCAAGGCUUAUGCUACAACAAGGCUGAGAAUGAAAUCCAAUGCGUGAAGUUGGCACAACAGAUGGAUGGAAAGAACCUGAGCCACUGAUGACUUUAUUGAGCUACUCAACCAACUCUGGAAUCAUCUGUCUCUAGACUUACUGCUAAUUCAAUGAUAAGCCUUUUUACAGUUUAUGUUGUUGUCGAUCACAUGUUGGUCGCUUGAAGAUGAUGGCUAUCCAAUUUAAAUAGCCUUAACUUUAAAUAGCCUUAGCCAAAUAUCCCAUUUGGAGUAAUAGUCUAGGUUUCAAGAUCUGAAGAGGGACUAAUAUGUCCUUAAACAACUGUACCAGCAUCUAUAAAUUGGUGGAGGCAUAGGCUAAAUUUCAAUUGUGUGGAGGUGGGGUGGGGCUAUAUUGAGCUUUUAAGAACACAGAAUAUGAGAGGCUUGGCAGAGUCCAGGUGGGUUGGGCUGGCUCUGGCA